AGUCGUAGCUUGCUCAACAGCUUCCUGACUAUUUCUGAAACAAGUAAUUAAUGCGUGACCCUCUGGCUGACUACAGGCUGUUUUAAUCCAUGUCUCCAGUUAAAAUAUUUUACAUAUAGUCGUCACCAUUGUGUACGUGGUAAAAAUGUCGACCAUCAAAGAGCAAGCAGCGAUAAGAAAGGUAAAUGCAUUCCUCCAAGAAUGGGACCAGGGCAACAACAUCGUGCGUAGUCGCAUGCUUGCUGCCUUCUUGAGACAGAAUGUGGGCAAGACCUGUCCUGAGCUGGAGACGGAGUUUGCGCAGGUGGCUAGUCUGUUUUUGGCCCGGCUCACUUCUUGGAUUAGACUUACAUACAUGUCAGGUACAUAUUUAGGACUUCAGCUUAAAGCCGUUGGUGUGUUCCUGUCUGCAUCAAGCAAUCAUCGUUACAUGAUUGAGUUCCUUGAAGUUGGAGGGGUUCUAACUUUAUUGGAAAUCUUGGGACAGAAAGAAACAAGAGAUGAAGACAAAACCGAGGCCCUAUACCUGUUACAGAUGAUCUCCAAUGCUGGGCAGAAAUUCAAAGAAUUCAUCUGUGAAAGCCAUGGGCUGAGAGUCAUAGCAGAGUGCUUGGUCAAGUCAAAGGCGGAACAUUCCCAGGAAACAGCCCGCAUCUUGCUGGAGUCCUUGGCCCAUGACAAUCCCAAAUACCAUAGGCAGGUGUACAAAAGCCUAAUUGCCCUACUGCCCUGCAGCUCCCCUAAGGCUCAGCAGCUUGUUCUGCAGACACUACGCAUUGUGCAGGAAAUUGUGAAGACAGCACACCCAUCGAUUGUUGAGCCUUUGUUGAAUUUGUUGAAGUCAUCACACCUUGAAGUGCAAUAUGAGGCUCUUGAGUUGAUCAAAGAUUUGACGCAGUAUGAAGUCAGAGACUCUUUGCUAAAAGGCUUGGUGGCUUUGCUUAAACCUACAAUGGAGGGCAUUCAGAGACAUGAGAUCCUAGAAGGUGAAAUGACGACAAUGACGGUAUCAUUGCCGGUGUGUGUGCAACAAGCAGCUGCAGCUAAAGCUAUAAGAGUCUUAUCUAAGGAGAGCCCAGAGCUGUCUCAGGACCUGCUUUCCCUCCAAGUGGUACACCAUUUGCUCUAUGCCAUGGGUAACCAGGAGCACACAGACACCCAGCGACAGGCCAGCAUGGCCCUGGAGCAUUUUGUCCACAUGUGCCCCGUUGUAGAGGAACAUGUACGUAAAGUAAUGGGAGCCACUCUAUUUGAUGUGUUCAAGCACAAUGCUGAGGCUUUGUACAUGAAGAUUGAUGAUAUUCAAGCAGAUUCCCUGUUAUCAAACAGAGUGGACAUCUCCAAAGUUCUUGAAGAAUCUUGUGAUUGAAGUCCUUUUCUUAUUUUGUGAGAAUUGUGCAUGCUAUAAAAGUUAUUGCUGUCUUAUAAAUUGAAUUCAAGCUAAGGGGAUCUGUAAACAAUGUCCCUUUUUAUC